GUGACGCAUGCACCCAUCAGCUGUUUUUGUUUUUCUGUAUGAGAAGUUAAUAACGCUAUAAUAACUACGCCGCUCCGCUGCUGCUGUAGAGCGGCUGGCAUUGCUGCGAUCAUAAUUCCUCUCCCUUCCGCCUUUUUAUCCGGGAUAAAGCCGUUGGUUACGAAUGUGUACCGCUCCAGCCAGCCCGUCCGGACAUUCCUCUCUCUGAAGACUGCGAGCGUGGCGUUUGGAGUCCGGCGGCAGAGGAGGGGACGCGGGUUCCAGCUGGGAUCGACGCGGGCCCAAAGCCUCUGACUUCCUCUCCCCAGGAAGAAAGGGAAAUCGACGGGCCCGAUGGAGCCUCCGCCCGAACCCGAGGGUCCGGGAGUGCACCGAGGCUUCAUCUGCGCCUCGUUUAACCAGGACACCACUUCUCUCUCAGUGGGCACCCAGACAGGCUACCGGCUCUUCUCAGUCACUGCUGUGGACAAGUUGGAUUGCAUCCAUGAAGGAGUGGAGUGUCCAGAUGUGUGCAUCGUGGAGCGGCUGUUCUCCAGCAGUCUGGUGGUGGUGGUUAGCCUCUCCAUGCCCAGGAGAAUGAACGUGUAUCACUUCAAGAAAGGCACCGAGAUUUGCAACUACAGUUACACCAACAAUAUUCUCUCGGUCAGACUCAACCGACAGCGACUGGUGGUCUGCUUGGAGGAGUCCAUUUACAUCCAUAAUAUCAAGGACAUGAAGCUACUGAAGACCCUGCUCAACACACCCACCAACCCCACAGGCCUCUGUGCGCUCUCUGUCAACCAUAGCAAUUCCUACCUGGCGUACCCAGGCAGCGCCACCAUCGGAGAGAUCACAGUCUACGAUGCCAACAACCUGAGUAGCGUCACGUUGAUCCAAGCCCAUGACAGUCCCCUGGCCGCCCUCACGUUCAACGCUUCUGGCUCCAAACUUGCCAGCGCGUCAGAGAAAGGGACUGUUAUCAGAGUCUUCAGCAUUCCAGAGGGACAGAGACUCUUUGAGUUCCGGAGAGGAAUGAAAAGAUAUGUCAGCAUCAGUUCCCUGUCCUUCAGUGCAGACGCACAGUUCCUGUGUGCGUCCAGCAACACGGAAACGGUCCACAUCUUCAAACUAGAGCAGCACAGCCCCAGAAGCCAGGAAGAGGAGUCUCCCACUUGGUCAGCGUAUGUGGGCAAAAUGUUCACGGCUGCCAGCACUUACCUGCCUGCUCAGGUGUCAGACAUGAUGCAUCAAGACAGAGCCUUCGCCACUGUACGACUUAACACCUAUGGCCUGAAGAACAUCUGUGCCCUGACCACGGUCCAGAAGCUGCCUCGACUCCUCGUAGCCUCCUCUGAUGGGAAUCUGUACAUCUAUAAUGUGGACCCACAGGAUGGUGGCGAGUGUGUCCUGGUCCAAAAACACGCGUUGUUUGACUCGGGUGACGAGACAGUGGAGACGAAAGAAGACGAGAAACCAGACGAAGUGGCGCCACCAACGGUUGGACAGUCGUACGCCGCCACUGUGGCUCUCCCUUCCAGCCCGCUCUCCGCAGCCACACUCACAGGCUACUCUGAGGAUGGAGGAGCCCACAAAGGAGAUGUGAUCCCAGAGCACGAGUUGGCGGAAGGUCCCGUCUGCCUGGACGACGAGAAUGAAUUUCCUCCCGUCAGCCCGGAGUGAACGAGAGAGAAUGGAAAACGGCAUUGUGUCAUCCCUUGUACCUGCAUCUGCUGAUCUUUAUGUCAAAUCCAACUAGGAUGUUACAUUCUAGACUCUGUCCUUCAUCCUGCUCUUUUCUUAAAGACUUUUUCAUCUAUGAAGAUAAAACUCUAUUAUCCAACACUAAACACACAACUAGAACACUUUCCUGAGUCUGUAAAUCUCAAUGACACAGUGUCAGUCUGCUUUUACUGUGCACUGUUGACACUAGGUGGAUUAUGUUAACUCCUCCAAUCUAAUCGCUGAUGAAGUUAAUGUCUACGUAACUGCAGGUAAAACAAAGGACGUGACGGACUACACGGGCAUUUCUCUCAAGGAACGACCUCUCUGCAAGUGUGAGAUCAGAACAACGCAGUACAUAUUUGAAGACUUGAAGAUGCUAAUUAUGGAGACCAAGCAGUUGCAGAGUCACAUGUCACCUGAUAACAAUUCUGGAGUCUCAGUGCAGCAGCUAAAUGUGAAGCGCUUGAUGUUUGAGCUGAACAAGAGAAAACUAUAGAUCCGAGAAUCUCAAUGGACAUGUUUAUUAUGUCUGCAUUUACAAUUUGAAUGCUGAAUAUGUUGGUACCUUUUUACUUUGUUGUACUUUAGAAAAAGUUUCCAUGUGUACUGCGUCAUUAUUAUUUUUACUAUAUUACAUGUACUCUGUAUAGUACUGUUAUAGCAGCUACAGUAACACUUUUACUUGCCAAAGGGUGGCGCUGUUGGGACGAGUUGAGCUGUAAGAUGCUGAACUGUAACAUCAUUAAAGCUGAAAAUGGA